GGCGGGACGCGGGGCUGGGACUGCGGGGGCUCUGUGGGGCAGCUCUGCUUCUCCGCACACGCGGCACCUUCCCGGCUGGAUGCUCCCCAGGGAGCUGGGGGGGUUUAGCCUGAAUUAAAGGAGGAUCGGGGGGACCUCAUCGCUCUCUACGGGCAGCUGGAAAGAGGUUGUAGACAGGCUCCUGCUCUGCAGCACCAUGCUGGAUCCCAAGCCUCACUCUGCAAGCCAGAGGUGAAUCCAGGUGAAAGCCAGCUACCACAGUAGGUGUCAGGAUGACCAAAGCGCGGCUCCUCCGUCUGUCUGUGGUGCUGGUCUCCAUCUUCAUGAUCCUCCUGAUCAUUGUGUACUGGGACAACGUGGGGACAGCUCACUUCUACCUGCACACAUCCUUCUCCAGACCCCGCUCCCCAGGAGCCAUCGCGGCAGGUGAGGACUGGGAAGCCUUGCCAGAUGUAGAUGAAUUUUUGGCAAAGCUGCUUAGUUCAAGCCUGAAACAAAACAGCUCUAUCCCCCGAAAGACAGAGCAGCUCCUCGUCCAGGGCUCCAACAAGCCUGUGGUAAGUAACUUGGAGGAGAACGUGCGGGGCUAUGACUGGUCUACACACAAGGACAGGAACAGCUUGGACCAAGAGAAGCUGCAGGUGGAGAGGCAGAGAACGUUGCGGGAGUUUUGUGCCAAUUCCAGCUUCACCUUUCCCACCAAGGAGCGCUCCUUCGAUGACAUUCCAAACUACGAGCUCAACCACCUGAUUGUGGAUGACCGCCACGGCAUCAUCUACUGCUACGUGCCCAAGGUGGCCUGCACCAACUGGAAACGUGUGAUGAUCGUGCUAAGUGAGAGCCUGCUGGACCAGGGGGUCCCCUACAGGAACCCUCUGGAUAUCCCCCGGGAACACGUCCACAACACCAGCACCCACCUGACGUUCAACAAAUUCUGGCGCCGCUACGGGAAGUUCUCCCGGCACCUGAUGAAGAUCAAGCUGAAGAAGUACACCAAGUUCCUCUUUGUGCGAGACCCCUUCGUCCGCCUCAUCUCCGCCUUUCGCAGCAAAUUCGAGCUGGAGAAUGAGGACUUCUACAGGCGUUUCGCUAUCCCCAUGCUAAAGCUCUACUCCAACCACACCAACCUUCCCACCUCUGUUAGUGAGGCCUUCGGGGCUGGCCUCAAAGUCUCCUUUUCUGACUUCAUCCAGUACUUACUGGAUCCCAGGACAGAGAGGAUGACCCCCUUCAAUGAGCACUGGAGGCAGGUUUACCGUCUGUGCCACCCGUGCCAGAUAGACUAUGAUUUCAUCGGGAAGCUGGAGACGCUGGAUGAGGAUGCUGCUUAUUUAUUGCAGCUCCUCAAAGUGGACAGGCUGCUUCGCUUCCCACCCAGCUACCGGAACAGGACUGCCAGCAGCUGGGAAGAUAACUGGUUUGCCAAAAUCCCACUGGCUUGGAGGCAGCAGCUCUACAAGCUUUACGAAGCAGAUUUUGUACUCUUUGGCUACCCCAAGCCAGAAAACUUGCUUAAAGACUGAAAGUGAUUGGGCAGUGGGUGUGGGAGGGAACAUCUGAAAUACCAAAAAUGUUUAAAUCCUCCUAAUUUUUUGCUCUUAACUCCCUUCCCAAUGCAAGUUGGUACAAUGGAAUAUAUUUUUUCUACUGCUUCCCCUUCCAUUUUUGCAAUAAUGCCAGAGUCCAGGGUAUUCCAGCCAGCUGUGCAUAUGCAAAAAAUGCCAUUUUUUUGGGGUUAUUACUUAUUUUCUGUUUUUUAAAAUGUCCCCAUACUUUGCAAUGGGUUGCUGCCCUUGGUCACUCUGUCAAUCAUGUCCUUCAGUAGCUUUUUAUUAAUACUUUUUAAAAAUUAAUAUAUUUAAGAUAUUUAAAACAAAGCGUGUGUCGUGGCAAAGGAAAGGGAAGGAAUAAAAAAAGUAAAAGAAAACCCCAAGAAAUUAUGUACCUGCCUCUGUGUGUUGUCUCAGGGCUGCUGUUUCAGAGGUCCAAGGUUUGCAGAGCACUUGGAUCUCUCUGGGGGCUGGGAUAUUGAUGGUGCCAGGUCUGCUGGUGGUCACUCCAAAGCAAUGGGAUUGGGUCAGUGCCUGACUCUGCCAAACAGGCCUGGGAGAACACCUGGAAGGACUCUGGUGACUCACACUGCUCACAGGUGUGGAGUGUGACACCAGAGUCACAGGAAGGAAAUGGCAUUGGGAGCAGUGACAAGUCUUGUGGGGUGUUUUGGGGCAUGCAGGUAGCCAGCACAACAGCUCUGCACUGCCUGACCUUUUGGCAAACUGCUGUGGGACUCUGCUGUCCACAUAGCUGAGGUUCAGCCCCUAUAGCUUGCUAGUGUGGAGCAGUCCCAUGACUUGUCCCAUUCCAGGAGGGUGCUGAAGUUCUUAGGGGUUUUGGCCAGCCAGGGUGGGCAGAGUGUGCUCCUGGAUGGGUGAGCAGGCCCUGGCUGUGUGCUGCUCCAUGUCCUGGUCACUGCUGCAUGCAGUGCAAGUCCCUUAAGAACGGUGCUGUGUCCUCAUCAUCCCUGUGCACCCUGUAUGGGAACGUGGCAGGGAUGCAGAUGCUUAUCCCUGGGAGAAGAUCCAGAAGGUUUCUUUCAAUAAGCAGAUGUCAAGGUGAACUCAAAGUUUUUCUGUUUUCAGCAUUCCAGCUACUGCUUGUGACACCACAUCCUCAUACACUGCUUUUCUGCUUAUUCCAAAUGGCUGAUGCAGAUUUGAUCAUCUGCCUUGCUGGGACCUGCUGCAAGAGUGAUGGUUCCCACUGUGCUGGGAGCAUGUGGGCUGCUUCCCAAAGGAAAUUAAUGCCUUUAGAGACUUUUUAUGUCUCAUCAGCUGAAUCUGCUUCUCUUUCUCUCUCUGAAUUGCUCUGCAAAAACUGUUUGCUUAGCAGAUUAGGCAGGCAGCUCUUUCAGAGCUGAAAUGCUUAAUUAUUUCCGUGGACUGUGGAUGGUAUUGGUGAUUAAGGUCCAGGGUCAGGCCUUGGGAGACUGUUCUGUGUUUUGGGGAGACUUCUUUGUAUUGGCCUUUUACUCAGUUUCUUUCCAAGGCCACCAGGAGGUGUAACUUUUCCUGUCUCUCUCUCCUUGCUUCCCCAAUUUCUGUACAAGUGCAUCUGGGCACUCCAUGCUCUUCCUAACAAAUAUGCUGUAUCAAGCUUUAUAACCUACAAAUGAGAGGUAAUUGAUGGUAGUUAGACUCAAAACAAAGUGUUUUUUUUUCUCCUUGUAUUCACACCACUCUCCCAUAAUUUGUACAGAGAUAUUUGCAGUUUAAAUGAGCCUGAAGCAGUUGUCAGGGUCUUGGUGCUUUGCUCCUCAUAGCUUGGGGAAAAAGGAAGUGCCUGUUUCUGAGUCAUUAUUUAAAACUAAUAAUAGAAAAGUGUUGAUCUAUUCAAUUUUUUUCCUAGUUAACAGUUAAUUGCUGCAAAACAGAAAGAUGUAGAGUCUCGUCUCCUAUAAUGAGUAAUCCCCGGAGUCUCUUGAUUCCUGCUACAUUUACAUUUCUUCAGGGUGGGUUCACCCCGCUCUUCAAAAAACACAGCAUGGAUGUUUUCAUCUCUUGUCUUUUCAAAGUGUUUAUUUUUUCCUCUUUUAAUUUCCAUGUAAUUGAUGUUUAGUAUGUGCAGGCAUGGGGGGCUGGGGCCAUAGCACAGAUGCCGUGUGAGCUUCCCACCAGCUGCUUCCCCUGCACCUCCUGAUCUGGUUCUCUCUCUUCCUGCCCCUCUGAGCAGUGUUUGGCUGCUGGAUCCCAGUGCCACCCUGCAAAGCAGCUGCUGCCUCCCCAGCCUCACUUGUCCUGCGAUUCAUGGCCACAGCCUGUCCCAGGAACAUCUCAAGGUCACUGGCUGGCAGUCAUCCAGGGCAGGGGAGGAAUGGGUUGCAGAGUGUUAUCAUUUUUGGCAGCGAGGUCCUGGUUGUGCAAUGGGCAGAAAAGGUGCAAAAUGUCUGCAAAAUCUGCCCAGCAGCUGCUCCAUGUGGUGUGAGAGUGUAUCCUCUCCAUGUGGCUGCCUUGUGAUUUAACAGCCAUAGAAGAAAAAGGUUUUUCCAAGGCUCCCUUCCCUUGCCGCCACUGGCUAGACAGGGGAGACUUGGAACACACUGAUUUCUCUUUCCACAUCCAAAGCUGGAUGAAGUGAGUAAAUUCCAUCUUUAUGUGCUAACACAACCCUGCAUCACACUGAGGUCCAAAACACCCCAUGUGUGAGGCUGAGCAAGCUGCUUGCAUCCCAAUGGCUUCAUCAGCCUCCCUGGGAGCUGCAGGCAGGAAGGAGAAUGUACAGAUGGCGUGAGGCCACCGAAGGCCCUGUGUUCUCUACUUACCCUCUUUCACCUCAGCAAGUCCAGCCUUUACUGAUAUCUUAGACAUUUUUGUGCUUGCAGAACUGUCCCCAGCCAAUGUGCUGGGUGCUGUUGGCUCUCUCCUCAUUUUCCAUUGCCACGCUUCAAAGCUCUUCCCUGGAGGAGCAGUAAAACUCUGAUGGGGAGUGUUCAUGUUGCAGUGGUUGGCUUCUGGAUUCAAAAUAACUUGUUCCUUGCUGCUCCUCCCUUUUGAAGCCCUUCUUCCCCACCCUGCCACCACUGUGAGUGUAUUGUUAAGAAGUCAAAGGGGAUCCAGGCUGUGCUGAGCUUUGUGGUAAGACCACUGGGUUGCCAGAACUGGGAUGUAGCCUCUGGCUUUGGAAAUGUGCAUUUUUUGUGGGUUUCUUGCUCUGUUCUCAUGAUGUGAAAGUGUGUAUGUGGUGGGGAGAAGGACAAAGAGUUCAACCAGCCAUGCUUCCUUCCCCCCCUGUAACUCGUAAAGGAGUUGGAAUUUGGUAUUUGACAAAUAAUGGCAGGCAGAAUGCAUCCGUGCUGGCCUGAAGUCAGAAGAGGGCUGAAAACCCUGGAAUGUAGAUGGUCAUGAUGCUAGUAUCAGUUCCAUGAGGGGUGGAAAAUGCUUUGAAGCAGGCUAUUUGUGUCUGAAUAAACCUGGCUUUGUCAUUUCAUG